UCAUAGCAGUGACAUGAGGAAUGUUUCAUUACCUCGCCCUAGGGGCACCAUGGUGCCUGUGUGUCAUUCUGCUCUCUCUCUCUCUCUCCCAAACAAACACACACUGAAACAAACCACUGUAGAGCUGUGACUUUAUUUUGUUUUUUGUCUACAGUGCAGGCGGCUGCAUGGGGCAGCCCUCAGUUUGUGACCUCCUCUCCAUGGCCUGCCAUCUUUCCACCUCCGGCUCCUACACCGUGGUCAUCAUCCCGCUAAGGACCGGCCUCUACAGCCAGGAGGCCCUUCGUUUCUACCUAUGGAUCAAGCGAAUGAAGGACCUAGAGAAGGAGAAGGAUGCUCUGUGGUCAGGUCUGGAGGUCCUGGAGAAGAGUCGGCUGUGGUACGUCCAGCGGCUCGUGGAGAACAGGAACCUGCGGAGUGCUGGGAGCCGGAACGGGACCGCCGUUUACCGCAAACGGAGAGCAGAGGUACAGGGACGAGUGUGGAUUCUCACAACACCGAAGCGUGCACCUCCAUCCUGCCUCCCCACACACAUCCAGCGGGUUAACGGCUCCCUUGGCUCUAUAAUGAGUGAACCCACUGUCAGCAGCAAUCCUUGUCUUUCUGAUCCACUGGCAGACAGUGACCUCCGCUGGCAAAACACGGUACUCACUAAGAAAGUGAGUGAGAAGAAUCGUCGGAUCUCCAGGUUGGAGCUGGAAAGGAAGGCUCUCCUUGAAGAGCUGGAGGAUCUGCAGGCCUGUUGAGGGGCCUGAAGUACAUUCACACCAGCUGAUCGGGACACUGUCACCUCCAAGAUAACUACUAUAAAUGCUACCUCAUACAGCUCUUCUGCUCUUUUAAACGCCAAUCAUCUUCUAGGUCAAUAAGUUUUCAGGCAACUUAUCCGACACAUAAUUUAUGAAAGCCACGCCCUGCAGUUAAAAUACUGUAUGAAAUCCACUAACUUGUAAAGCAAAUGUUUCCAUAAUACAAGGGAUGUCAAAAGUGUUCACACCCCAGGAAACGUUCCAGGUUUUAGAGAACAUAGAUAUUCCAACCAUUGUAAAAAUUGUAAAAAAGAGCAUUUUAAUGAAAACACACAUUCUACUGCUGCUGUCGCACUGGUUCCUGUGUUUGUCAGCACUUUGAUUUGUCUUGCUACUGAAAAGUGCUAUAUAAAUAUACUUGCCUUACCUGUGUGUUUUCCUCGUAUUCUGUGAAUUUAUAUGUUUCAUCAUUACAGUAAAUACUAUCUCCAACAAGCA